GAUAGAUUCCUUCUCCACCCGGGCCGGUCGCCAGCCGGCAUAAAUACCGACCCCCUCCCCUCCUCCAAUCCUCACAACAGCUCCCAGGCACGGAACCAACAAAUCCCCACCCAAUCUCGUCUCCGAUCGACUCCACGCUCGUCGAAUCCUCCUCCCCCACCGCCUCAAGAUGCAGAUCUUUGUGAAGACCCUCACCGGCAAGACCAUCACUCUUGAGGUGGAGAGCUCCGACACCAUCGACAACGUCAAGGCCAAGAUCCAGGACAAGGAGGGCAUUCCUCCGGACCAGCAGCGUCUCAUCUUCGCUGGCAAGCAGCUGGAGGAUGGCCGUACCCUUGCUGACUACAACAUCCAGAAGGAGUCCACCCUCCACCUUGUCCUGCGUCUGCGUGGUGGCAUGCAGAUCUUCGUGAAGACCCUCACCGGCAAGACCAUCACUCUUGAGGUGGAGAGCUCCGACACCAUCGACAACGUCAAGGCCAAGAUCCAGGACAAGGAGGGCAUUCCUCCGGACCAGCAGCGUCUCAUCUUCGCUGGCAAGCAGCUGGAGGAUGGCCGUACCCUUGCUGACUACAACAUCCAGAAGGAGUCCACCCUCCACCUUGUCCUGCGUCUGCGUGGUGGCAUGCAGAUCUUCGUGAAGACCCUCACCGGCAAGACCAUCACUCUUGAGGUGGAGAGCUCCGACACCAUCGACAACGUCAAGGCCAAGAUCCAGGACAAGGAGGGCAUUCCUCCGGACCAGCAGCGUCUCAUCUUCGCUGGCAAGCAGCUUGAGGAUGGCCGUACCCUUGCUGACUACAACAUCCAGAAGGAGUCCACCCUUCACCUGGUGCUCCGCCUCCGUGGUGGUAUGCAGAUUUUUGUGAAGACCCUCACCGGCAAGACCAUCACCCUUGAGGUUGAGAGCUCUGACACAAUCGACAAUGUCAAGGCCAAGAUCCAGGACAAGGAGGGCAUUCCCCCGGACCAGCAGCGCCUGAUCUUUGCUGGCAAGCAGCUGGAGGAUGGCCGUACCCUCGCCGACUACAAUAUCCAGAAGGAGUCCACCCUCCACCUUGUGCUGCGCCUGCGUGGUGGCAUGCAGAUCUUCGUGAAGACCCUCACCGGCAAGACCAUCACCCUGGAGGUUGAGAGCUCCGACACAAUCGACAAUGUCAAGGCCAAGAUCCAGGACAAGGAGGGCAUUCCCCCGGACCAGCAGCGCCUGAUCUUUGCUGGCAAGCAGCUGGAGGAUGGUCGCACCCUCGCAGACUACAAUAUCCAGAAGGAGUCCACCCUCCACCUGGUGCUCCGUCUUCGCGGUGGUCAGUAAUUGCCCUGUCGUUUGACCUGCUGGUUUAUCCUGGUCGUCCGGUGGGCGGUGCCCUGUCGUUCAGUAGAACUGUUUUCUCGUUCGUGUGAGUCCUACUGUGUUGGUUUGAAAACUGUCGAAUCCCCGUGUCAGUCCUACUGCGUUGGUUUAGUGAACUAUCUGUUGGUUGAAACCGUUGCUGGCACAUCAGUAUCGUUAUAAGUAAUGAAUAAGUGAACUUCAGAUAUUGCUCUUA